AUGACCCAGUGCUCCAGGCCCCAGCAGAAUCAGCUCAUUGCUUUUGUGAAGCUGUACCUCCUCACGCAGCGAGGAUCGGGGACAGGCAGCAGCCCCUGGGGACACGCCACCGCCGGUGCAGGGGACAGGCACCCGAACGGCGCAGGAGCCAGCCGGGAGGAUGACAGCCAAUGGCUUCAGAACCACUGCAUGAAAAUGGGAGAUGCCUAUAUUAUUGUAUACUCAGUGACAGACAAAGUUAGUUUUGAAAAGGCCUCUGAGCUAAGAAUCCAGCUAAGAAGAGCAAGGCAAACAGAAGACAUUCCUAUUAUUCUUGUGGGCAAUAAAAGCGACCUGGUCAGGUCCCGGGAAGUCUCAGUUGAUGAGGGACGGGCCUGUGCGGUUGUGUUUGACUGCAAGUUCAUCGAGACCUCAGCUGCUCUUCAUCAUAAUGUCAAGGACCUGUUUGAAGGUAUUGUUCGGCAGAUUAGACUUCGCAAAGACAGUAAGGAAGACAAUGCGAGGAGAAUGGCCAACACAAAAAGAAGAGAAAGCAUAGGAAAAAAGGCAAAGCGAUUCCUUGGAAGAAUUGUGGCAAAGAACAAUAAGAAGAUGGCUUUCAAAGCAAAAUCAAAGUCUUGCCAUGACUUAUCUGUGCUUUAGAAGCGCUCAGCAAGACCAGAUGUUGCACGUGGCAACACAGCAUUUGACUGUUACGAGAAGUGUGUGAAUGAUCCUCGUGGUGAUAACAAGAAUGACUUAUCAAGUGAGACUCUCGUUAAUGCCUUAAGGUGCACAAGCAAGUCCGGAAGUGACACUACAAUGUCUGCUUCAUUGAUAAAUGGUUUCAGUUUCAGUGUAUGCAAGCUAAAUGAACUAAUUUUGAAGUGGCUUGACAUGCCCACAUUUUCACUGUGUACAUAUGUUGUAUAUCCUCUUGUCCUGUGGAUACUAGAGAUGCAAAGAUGAGAAAGGAUGAUGAGUAUCACCAUAGACUUGUCUUGUUUGCAGAGCAAAACUUAAACUUGUACGCAGGCUCGUACACUCUUUUUAGUAUAAAGCAAGCAAUGAUAAAUCUUUUUAAACUUAAAUGUGGGGAGGGGGGAGUAGAACCACAUUAGAACAGGAGAAAACAAAUUACAUAUAUAUAUAGCUAAAUACAGAACAGAUACCAUUUUAUGAAGUUAAUUUGCACUUCCAUUAGCUGUUAUUCAAUUAAUUUGUUACUUGUUUACAUGCAGAUUUUAUAAUAAAGUAUUAUUUCCUGCUAUAAUAAACUGUGCUUUUCUCAUUGUAUGGAUAAAGAAUGAGAGAGCAGUAUUUUUGUACUGACCUUUUUUCACUGUGCAAAAUGUUCUACACAGGCUAUGCAGAUUUACAUGUGAUAAAGUUCUGGAACAAGAUGAAUCAGGAGUGUCUUGUGUCCUUUUCUUCAAUAGGCAGUUUCUUUAAGAAGUAAACCCUACUUUUGUGAACACUCCAACAGCUCAUAUAGGGAAGAGGUGCCUUGACCCUUCAUAUAAUUGCUCGUCUUCAGCCUAGUUCUCUUGUCAGCUCUGGCAGGGACAGACCUCUCUGUCAUGACUUUAGUUAGACAGAUGUCUUGUGUCUAUACUGAUAAAUUGAAGCCGGCACUGUUCUACUUUUUAAUUUCUCUCCUGGCUUGAAGGUCUUGUGUU